AUGGACGCCGGAACUACUCCACAUUCCGAUCAAUUAUCCCCCGUAGUCAAGCCCCUCCGGCCAAAGUCCCGGCAAGUGACCUCCAGGUUUCUUUCACCACCUGCCGAUCAAAGCUCUCCUCUCAAGCAAAAACCCAGAUCUAUUCAUUCUAAUGAGAGUGGCGGCGGCGGCUCAAUGCGCCGACUUUGGCCAUCGACAAGUUCUUCAAACAAGAAGAAGCAGCAGCAGAAGCAGCAGCUGGGCACUCUCGCUGAUCAUCUUGGAAACGAGAGGUUCAAUGACCUGAUCGUAAAGGACAAGGUUUGCAGCGAAUUCAACAAUUCUGAGAGUUGCUUGAUGAGCACGUCUCUCAGUAGGCAAAGAAGUUGUACCGAGUUCAGCAGGUUCGAGAAGGUUGAUGAUCAUCGCCAUGAAUCCAGGAGAAGCACCAAAGAAAAUCACAGGCCGUUGUUCGGAGGGUCUAUGAGGUACACCGGAAAGCUGCGUUUUCCGGCUGCCGGGCGAAAAUCAGCAUCUUCCUCCUCUUCCUCGUCGUCGGGCGCAUCUAAUUCGUAUCUGUCUCCCGCUUCGGCCGACGAUAUCGUCGCUGGAAGAUUUUCCGUCGACGAGAAUGCGCUUCGCCAGAGAUCCUUCGGACGAGGAUCUGAAGAUCUGGAAUCUGAGUGCAGUGACGUAUGCUCCGGCAACAGUUUUGGGUCUCCGGAUAUCGGAAAGCUUUCAACGGCCUCUUACAUGGCCCCGACAGUAAGUUCCAGAAAGUCCGGCGGUGGCAUACAAGUUUCUUCCAGGUACAUGCAGGAUUCAUCUCCUAAGAAGUUUACAUUAAAGAAUGCAAUCAAUAGGAGUAAUUCGAUCACGACGUCCAAGUGGGCGUUGUCGCCAGGACGGUCAGCGUCGCCGCCGAUGACUGUGGAGAACAAGGGCAUGAAGCCAGUGUCGUUCUUGAGCAUGAAGCCCCCGACAAGUCCUUCAAGGCCUAAAGGAGGCGGCGGCGGUGGCGUUGGGAAUUUCCUUAGCAAGGGGCUGGAUCUGUUUAGAAGUAAGAAAUCUUCUCCGACCAGCUGUUCUUCACCUCUAGGGCCGGCGGGCAUGGCGGAGAGCGUUCAUCAACUCCGAGUACUGCACAGUAGAUGGGUGCAAUGGAGAUACGCCAAUGCUAGAGCUGAUUAUGUGAAUGCCAGAACUGCUGAUCAGGCCGAGAGAAAUUUGAUUUAUGCUUGGAAUUGUGUUAAAAAGUUGGAACAAUCUGUGAUACGAAAGAAGCUACAGCUUGAGAAAGAGAAACUUGAAAUGAAGUUGAAUUUUAUUCUCCUUUCCCAAAUUAAGCUAUUGGAAGCUUGGGGGGACAUGGAAAGACAACACCUCUCAGCGAUUUCCAUGACUAAAGAUUGUUUGCACUCUGUCAUUUGUAGGGUACCUCUUGCGGAAGAUGCCAAAAUGGAUCUACAUUCAACUUCUAUCACACUCAGAAAUGCUUCAGAUCUUUCAACAUCCAUCAAGUCGAUGCUGUACACGUUCUCACCUACUGUUGAAAAGGCUGCUUCAAUAUUUUCGGACUUGGCAAAGGUAGUUACAGAAGAAAAGGCCCUUUUGGAAGAACUUUUUGAACUUUUUAGCAUCAUUUCAACAUUAGAGAUUGAGGAGAGGAGUCUAAAGUGUAGUAUAACUCAAUUGAAAUUAUGGCAACAAACAUCAACUGGAACAGCAAGAUAAUAUUGCUUCAUGAUCUGUCCUCUUUGCCGGGAAAAUACUUGGGGAUACCUUUGUAAUAG